GUUUGCACUUUUGCUCCUUGUCCUGUUGAUUGUACAUUCGGAAGCUGGGGACAUGGUCAGAAUGUUCAACUUCCUGUGGGCCUGGUGGCCGGAUCAGCCGGACACGUGCUAUUCUGGUCCAUCCCUCGCUGGGAGGUUCUCCGUGCAAUGCCAGUGACUUGAUCCAAAUAGAUUCUUGUGAGGAUGCCCCAUGUCCAAUCCAUUGCGAAUGGGCGAGCUGGGACGAAUGGAGCAAAUGCACGAAAGACUGCAACGGGGGCAUCACGAAUCGCCACAGAUCCGAGAAGACGACGGCAGUGUUUGGGGGCAAAGCAUGUGAAGGCUCAGCUGACGAGGAGAUGGUUUGCAAUGCGCAUGGAUGUCCUGUGGACUGCAAAUUUGAUGAGUGGUCUGAAUGGAGUGAGUGCUCGAAGAGCUGUAGCACCGGGAACAGGACAGCAAGUCGGGCAUUGAUCACCUCUCCGCAGUGGGGCGGCCAACCUUGCGACGGAGGUGUUUUAAGGACAGAGUAUUGCAAUGAACAACCAUGCCCGGAAGACUGCGCUUGGGGAGAAUGGUCGCAUUAUUCGGUUUGUUCAAAGACUUGCGGAGGUGGUGAGAUGUUGCGAUCUCGACCACGAAUUUCUGAGAUGUACGGUGGACACCCAUGCAGCGGCAAUGAAACGGAGUCAAUUGAAUGCAGCACGCAAGGGUGUCCUCAAGACUGCCGGUGGGGACAGUGGACAGAUUGGUCCUCUUGUUCGAAGGAGUGUGGCGGUGGAUACAUCAAAAGACUUCGCGAAGUGCUACAAAAGGCUGAGAACGGAGGAGAUCCUUGUUUUGGAUCCAAUAUGCAAGAAGCAGGGUGCAACUUUGAUGUGUGUGCACAAGAUUGCUCUUGGAAUGACUGGGAACAAUGGGCCCCAUGUAGUGCCAGCUGCAAUGGAGGAACCCGGUCCAAAUCACGCACGAAGAAAGCAGAAGCAGCCAAUGGUGGGAUGCCUUGCGUUGGAAACCGCACCCAGAUUGAAAAGUGCAGUGUGGAGCCCUGCCCAGUGGACUGCACUUUUGAACUUUGGGAUUCAUGGGGCGAUUGCUCCACAUCUUGCGGAAAAGGAUCUCGGUUUCGCACUCGGGUGAAGAAGGAGGAAUUGUAUGGUGGAGCACCUUGUCAGGAUGUUAUGUGGGAGGCCAGCGAUUGCAGUAAUCCAGAUUCAUCCAGUUGUCCUGCGCACACCACCAGCACAACGACCCUUUUGACCCUGCUGAAACUUCCAGAGGGUGAGCUGGCGUGGAGCCACUUGCACAACGUAUGGGAACCGCAGGCCAGCCGAGGUCCACUCGCAAUUCCUUCGCAAAAUGACCUUUCCAAGAACUUUACAGAAAGCAAAGACCCCAGCUAUAGAGGUCAAGCUUACAAGCCCUGCCCAGAGGGUGAGCUCGACAAGAUGCGUCUUGGAAUGAGUGAGCCAGUGAGGGAGUAGAUCAGUAGAUAUGAUAGUUGGAUGACAUGGCCAAGACCGAUGUUCAUGUGACAGCUAGGUGUUCACAAGCUUGAUCAGGCUUGCAAAGAUGGAGGCGUUGAAGAAGCAACCUGGUGGCGUAGCGACCUGAGCUAGCAAAAUGCAGCUAGCACUUUCGCAUUGAUGCUUCGCCCACUCACCUGGCACUGCGUCCCAGCUCUCAAGACAAAGCCAGACUUGAAGCCGCUUGAGGUUGCAAAAGGAAUUGAAAAGAUUCACAAUAGAGCGUUGAAUUCUAUGGCUAAGGACGUUCUCACCGUCAUUGUUUGCUCUGGCCUUCCACCGACUGCGAACAUAUUAAACAUGAGACCUGCCAUACCCAGGGAAGCUUGACGCUCCCACUCACUAACAUGGAAGUGGGAACCCCCCUG